AUGAUGUCUGGAGGUUUGGCUGUUUUAUGUCUCCUGCUCCUGCACACUGGAGUUCAGGGUUUUGGUUUACUGCCUGGAAAUUCUCUGAAUCACCUGGAGAUCACAGAGAGAGCGAUUCUCAAUGCCACUGUGCAGGUGUGCCGCGCUCUGGCCCAGGCUGAGGGGACAGACUUCACUUUUCCUGCACAACCUUUCACUGUUAAGGGUGUUGCUGUUGCCUGUGGAGCACAACAAUCAUCUAAGAGUUUCCACAAAGCCAUUACAUUCAUCAUACUGAGAAAUGUCCGGGUGGACAUCCGUCAUGCUCUCAAUGCAAGCUUCCACUUUGAUGAAGAAAUGUUUGUUCAAGGACGGAAAAUCAUCACAGAGGGAAUACAGGCUGUCAAGGCCAGCAACAAGCAAGAAAAUUUUGAGGCGGCGAGGCAGAAGCUGGGAGAGAUUUUACAUCCUUUACAGGACUUCUACAGUCACAGUAACUGGGUGGAACUGGGGAACAAGUUCCCAAACACCAAUCUAAUCAGAUCAGACACCAGCAUUGGUACCAUAGCAGAUGAAAGCAGGGCGACCUGCCGCAACUGUGUUGGAGAUGACUGCAGGAACAACAUUUUAGAGGAUAUCAUUCAAGACAAGAUACUGACCUCUGGGUAUUUUUCUAUUGUGCCUCUAUUCGCAACCAAACCGAAAGGAAAAUGCAGCCAUGGAGGAGCAAUUGAUCAAACAAGUACCAUCGAUCCUGAAGGUGGGAUCAACAAAGACACGUUUAGCUCCAGCCAUGGACAUCUCCACACUGAAGCAGCAAAUAUGGCGAUCGCUGCGAGUAGUGAGCUACUUGAGGACAUUCGAGGGGCUGCCGGUGACAGACCAUUCCUCCAGAUGCUGGGAAUCUCCAAAGGAUCCAGUAAAGCUCUUUGUUUUGUGAUUGACACCACAAAAAGCAUGAGUGAUGAUAUUGAGACGGUGAGAAACGUUGCUUCUUCGAUCAUCAACAGUCAGGUGGGAACAGAGAACGAGCCCUCAGUUUACAUUCUGGUACCUUUCAAUGAUCCAGGAUUCGGGCCAUUGAUAAGGACUACAGACCCACAAGUCUUCAAGGAUGCUCUUAAUUCACUGACAGCAACUGGUGGAGGAGAUGAGGAGGAACUGAGUCUUUCAGGGCUUCAGCUGGCUUUAACUGCUGCUCCUACAAGCUCUGAUAUCUUUGUCUUCACGGAUGCACCUGCUAAAGACAAAGACCUGAAAAGCACAGUGAUUGCACUCAUAGAGCGGACACAAACAGUGGUGAACUUCAUGAUUACUGGCUCAACGGUGCUCAAUCGUCGGAGGCGGAGAGAUGACAAGCAGCAACACAGUAAGAUAGCAGCCACAGAUGUGCAGCUGUACAGGGACCUGGCUCAGGCUUCAGGAGGUCAAGCUAUUGAAGUCACAAAGAGUGAGCUCCCUGCUGCCACCAGCAUCAUAACAGAGUCCUCCAGCUCCUCUCUGGUGACCCUUCUGCAGGCAGCCAGGAGCCCAGGAAAGGCAGAUAAUUUCUCUUUCGUGGUUGAUGAAACAGUAACAAAACUUACAGUUUACAUCACUGGACGGUCUUUCACUUUCACUCUCAUCAGCCCUACAGGUGAGUCUCAGCAAAGCACCGACACAACAGGAUCAUUGAUCUCUGCAUCUCAAUCAGUGGGAAACUUCCAGACUCUGCAGCUAAAUACACAAGUGGGACAGUGGGAAAUGAGAAUGGUGUCAACCAAUCCCUACACUCUGAAGGUCAUAGGUCAGAGUCCUAUUGACUUCCUGUUUGACUUUGUGGAGGCAUCGCAGGGCCCGUUCACAGGAUUUGAUGUUCUAGACACACGUCCCAGAGCUGGUGUUAAUGGUAGCCUGUUGGUGUCUUUGACGGGGAGCGACUCCGCCACGGUGACAGAAGUCGCUCUGGUUGAAUCAUCGGGGUCAGGGGAGGUGAAAGGAGUUGUGGAGCCACAAGCAAACGGAAACUUCUUAGUUCGGGUUGACAGGAUACCAUCAGUGGAAUUUGUGGUGCGGAUGAAGGGACAGGAUAGCAGUGAUACCCCCGGAGCUUCAACGAUUGUCUUCCAAAGGCAGUCACCCAUCAACUUUAGGGCCUCCAAUCUGACUAUUACUGCUGACUCGAAUAGCAUCUUAGUACCAGGAACACCUUUCUCUGUGCCCUUCUCUGUGAUGACCAUGGGAAUUGGGGGAAAUGUUACCAUCCGAGCCACCAACAACCGACUUUUCGACUCAACUUCUCCAGCCAGUUUAUUCCUGGAAACUGGGAACAGCGUUAAUAGUACAGUGACCCUCUCAGCACCUCUGAACACCCCAUCUGGUACUGACUUCACCUUGACCAUUGAGGCAGAGGCUCCUGGGGGCGAAGACACAAACUAUGUCGUGCUGCGAUUCUCCGUCGUCAACACGGUGACUGAUUUCACUGAGCCAGUGUGUCAGCUGCUCAGCCUGCAGUCCAACUGCUCUAACAACUGUAGCUUAUCGAUGUGGGAGCUCUCUGUCCGGGUGACUGAUGGGGCUGAAGGGACAGGUGUGGACCGUGUCAGCCUCAGACAGGGUAAUGGAUCCCUGAACACCAGCCUGGAUGCUGGCAAUGAGAACAUAACCCUGGUGUCCUACAGGGCGUCUUGCUGUUCGGCUGAUGUGGAGCUGCUGGUUGUGGAUCGAGUGGGAAAUGUAGGCUCUUGUGUCUACACUCCACGGGAAGGUUCAACAGCUGCUGUCUCUAUGUCCACCAAAGUCAGUCACUCGCCCCUUCUUUGCCUGAGCAUGGUGGUACUAGGGCUUCAUGUACUGAACUGGGCAUCCAGUGACUCCAUAUCAAAGUUGUAAAUAGUUAAAGCUGCAUUAAUCUAAAUUUUCUUCAUGAACAUUGAAUCAAUCGACUAUGUGUAGUGUGAAGAGGGUUACCUGUAGUGUAGUCUCACUGCUCUUAUCAACACAACCAGGAGGAGCAACCAGCUGUUUUUAGGAAACAAGUUCUGAUAAAUACAUUGUAUGUUACCUGCCCAGCAACGCAAACUUAGAUACAGUACUAGCUGGUUAAGAAAUUAAGUAAAGCAUCUAGAAUCUAAUAUAAUAAUUUAUAAUAAAUAUAAAUUAAGUGCAAGUGGUCAAUUGUUUACUAAUUUGUUAGCCAUUAACUUUACAAGGUGUUAAUAUGUAAAAGGCUUUGUGUCAGCUUUUUUCAAGUUUUUCUGC